GCGGCUGGCAGGAAGCUCGGCAGCCCCACCGGCCGCGAGCAGGCCGGAGUCCCGGUGGCUGGUCGGGCUUCUCCGGGUGUGGGCGUGGGCGAGGCAGCGGUCCCGGUGGCCGCAGCGUUCGUCCAGGCAGCGGGUUAGGUGCCGGGAGCCAAGCACCUAGUGGGACCUUCAGUCAGGUACAUCAAUUCUCAUUAUGCAUCAGAAAAAUGAAAAAACAGAAGAAAAUUCUAUGGAAAAAAGGAAUUCACUUAGCCUUUUCUGAGAAAUGGAAUACUGGGUUUGGAAGCUUUAAGAAGUUCUAUUUUCCUCAAAACUUGUGCUUUCUGAAAGCUAAGCUGGGAAGGCCGGUUGUUUGGGGUCAACAGCUGAGGCAUUUCCAGUGUAGUAAGAAGGGUCCUCACAUCCAGAAGUCAUGGAUUCAGGAUGUGCCACUUUGUGCAAAGGCCAGGUCUGGAGUGGCUGCUCAGAAUGGUAGCACUUUGUAUGCCAAAGUGAGCAGGAAGGACGCCAAGCACUUCCUUUCUUCCUCAAGGAGCUUCCUGAAACUCCAAGCAGAUAAGUUACUGUCAUCAGCAAAGAACUUGGACCAUGGAUACUGCAGAGAGAAAAGGCUCCUGACGGCAGUCACUAGCUUGUCAACAAAUACUGUCUUAGGUAAGGCCAGUGGUCACAAACCUAGGACAGGCCCACAGGCUUCAGACUUUCCCAUGAAGUUCAAUGGGGAGAGCCAAAGUCCAGGUGAGAGCAGCAAGAUUGUGGUCUUGAACAAACAUAGAAAGCGUGUCUGUUAUGGCUGCUACCAAGGGCUAGAGCACCACAGGAAUGGGAAACCCUUGAUUCCGAAAAAGUUCCAACUUAAUCAACAUCGAAGAGUCAAAGUGUCUCUUAUGAUGCAUGAGAAAUUAUCCAUGAUUAGAUUUCGGUAUAGGAUUUUCAGAUCCCAGCACUUCAGAACGAAAAACAGAGUUUGCAAGCUAAGAAAAGCCCAGAGGAGCUGGGUACAGAAGGUUGCUGGGGACCAUCAAGAGAACUGUAGGGAUAACACUGAGGCUGGCAGUUGCAGCCCGGUCCCUUCCCCAGAACCUGAGGAACCUUGUCAGUGUCAGCCAUACCUUACAGACAUGGAUGGCAGUGCCGGGGUGAAGGGAAAGAACUUGCAUGUGCCUGAUGGUCACACUAAAGAAAGCCCUUUCUUGGACAAGGAGCGCAACGUAGAUGAAGCCUUCCCUGAGCAACAGAAUGGCUCUACCACAUACGCCUGGGACCAAUCACCCUCUUCUAAGUGGGAGUGUACAGAGCAAAUUCACGAGAUCCCUUUAACAGAACAUCCUCCUAGUAACAAGCUCCCUUCGGAAACGGAAAGAGCAGUUCCGACUCUGGGUCAGGAGAGUGGGACAAGUGCUGUCAGUGACAACAGAGUAAGACUGCCGGUGUCCGGAGCAGACGCAUCUGUGGGUGCUGUGGAUGGGCCUGUGUCUGAAGAGCCUCCUCAGAACGAGCACUUCCAGAUGGAGGAGGAUGGGUCUGUCAAGCAGAACAUCCUUAGUUCUAAACUGCUGGACCACCCUUACUGUAAAAGUCCCCUGGAUGCCCCCUUGGUGUGCAGUGAACUCAAAGCAGAAAACCAAAUGGCGGGUGGCAAGGGCAGUCAGAAAGCUUCUCCCGUGGAUGAUGAGCAGCUGUCAGCCUGCCUCUCCGGAUUCCUAGAUGAGGUUAUGAAAAAGUAUGGAAGUUUGGUCCCACUCAGUGAAAAAGAUGUCCUUGGGAGAUUAAAAGAUGUCUUUAAUGAAGACUUUUCUAAUAGAAAACCAUUUAUCAAUAGAGAAAUAACAAACUACCGGGCCAGACAUCAAAAGUGCAACUUCCGCAUCUUCUACAAUAAGCACAUGCUCGACAUGGAUGACCUGGCGACCCUGGAUGGUCAGAAUUGGUUGAAUGACCAGGUCAUUAAUAUGUAUGGUGAGCUGAUAAUGGAUGCAGUCCCAGACAAAGUCCAUUUCUUCAACAGCUUUUUCCACAGACAGCUGGUAACCAAAGGCUAUAAUGGAGUUAAGAGAUGGACUAAAAAGGUGGAUUUGUUUAAAAAGAGCCUUCUGCUGAUUCCUAUCCAUCUGGAAGUCCACUGGUCUCUCAUUACUGUGACGCUCUCCAAUCGAAUUAUUUCAUUUUACGAUUCCCAAGGCAUUCAUUUUAAAUUUUGUGUAGAGAAUAUAAGAAAGUAUUUGCUGACUGAAGCCAGAGAAAAAAACAGACCUGAAUUUCUUCAGGGUUGGCAGACUGCUGUUACAAAGUGUAUUCCACAACAGAAAAAUGACAGUGACUGUGGAGUCUUUGUGCUCCAGUACUGCAAGUGCCUCGCCCUAGAGCAGCCUUUCCAGUUUUCUCAAGAAGACAUGCCUCGGGUACGGAAGAGGAUCUAUAAGGAGCUGUGUGAGUGCCGGCUCCUGGACUGAGACUCAGCAGGGACUCUGAAAGACUGGCCAUGUUGGAGCAAAUGGUUUGUUACUUGAAUCUCCAAACACUUACUGAAUUUUUACAGAUAUUUCAGAUUGGUGGUAUUGGGCCACUAUUGUUACCUCAAAUUAUUUUUGCCCUUCUUCAUUUCUCCUGCUAUCAUGUACUUUUUUAAAUGUUUGGUUUAGUUUCAUUUUAACUUUAUGGAUUCCAUACAUCCCUCCCAUAUUUAAUAUUUAUUAUCCGAACGCAUGCAUAUAGACAGAGCAUGCAGUAAAGAGUAUUAAAAAAAAGCCUAGUAGAUUUGGUGCAGCUUUUGAAACAUAGUUAGAUGUGAACUGAAUACAGGUUUAAAAUUUAACCCCAGAACCUAAAAAUGCAAGAUGUUUUUGAUACAGUGUAGCUCAGAAUAGAUGCUUCCUAUGACAUAAAGGGGUAGCUAGGAGUGGUGAAAAAGCCAGUCAUGUUUUACUUAAAUGAGCGGCACCUUUUGCUGAUGUCCCUCAGAUGAGUCUCUGAGCAUGAGAUGCCUUCCUUCCGAGGGGAGACGGGACUGUUCUGCUUAGGGACACAGUGCUAGCAAGCACAGUGCUGAUUUGAGAAAAGAGUUAAGGUAUGAGAGAAAAAAAAAAGAAAAAGCAGCAUCCUUGGGGGCCAGUUACCUUAAAGAAAGGUUUCUUUUGUUUUGUUUUGUUGUUUUGAGACAAGGUCUCACUAUGUAGCCCAAGCUGUACUAGAACUCACAGUAGUUAGGCUGGUCUGGAACUCAGGCCAAUCAUGUCUGUCUCCCCAGGGCUGGUAAUACAGGUGCAUACUAAUAUACCCUACAGUAAGAUUUCCACUUUGGUCUUAAGAAUUAUAAUAAUGGAUUAAAUCUCAUAAAGGUUUCUUGGGAUGCUAAACUUUUUUCUGGGUUUGACUUGUGAAAAAAAAAAACAACUUAGCAUCCACCAAAUCAAUGGUUAAAUGAAAAUUAGACUUUUCAUAAAAGUAAUUUGCUAGUUAUCACCUCUCUCUGUUGCCUCCCAUGUUCUCCAAGGUAUUACAGUUUUACCAAAAAUGUUUCUGCUUUAAGGUGUCUGAGAUACAAACAUUCAGAGUAGAAGACUGGCGAGGUCUUGCACAGAGUGGGAGAAGAAGGGAGGCAACACCAAGGUCUCUAGGAGAGCACGUGAGGAAUGUUUUUUAGUCUUCUCUGGUGGCUCAGCACCUUGAAGGGCUCUACUGGCUUCUAUAAGAAUAAUCUGAAUCCCGUACUUAAAAACUGCCUGUUUAUUUAACUCCAUCCUCUGGGGACAGGCUGUUCUGUUAGGAGGAAAGUGGUGAUCUUGCAUCUUUAGGCUGGCCUUUUGUGACAUGUUAUAAAGGAAAAUAAGUAAGAUGCAUAGUAAGCCUAACUAGUUAUUUUUUCUGAAUUGAAGGAGGCAAGAGUAAUGAACUUGUGCAGAAAAAUACCAAGUAAAUGACAGAAGAAAACUGACAGUUUUCUUCUUGUUGUUUGAAAAACAAAAAGGUAAAAUGUCUGAGCAGGGCUUACUGCUGCAGUAAGGGUUGACCCUCUGUAGCAGUAUGGACCCUGGGCAGUAGCUUAGCUCACUCCUCUCCUUAAUCACCCAGCCUCAAAAGGCCUAAGCAUAAAACCAGGUCAGCAUUUCUUGUGCUUCAGGUCAUUAAAAGAGAGUAGAGGCACUUUAUGUUGUCACAGGUAAAGGUUGUGUCACCACUGGGGAUGAUGAAAAGCUAGAGGAAGAUAAACCUCUUCUGUUCUUGUGGUUCUGGGGACUGUGUGUUAGGCAAGUGCUCUACCACUGAGCCUCCUUUGUGCUUUUUGAAUUUCGAGACAGGGUGUCAUGAAGUUGUCUAUGUUGGUCUUGAAUUUACUCUGUGGCUAAGCCUGGCUUUGUUUAUACUCCUGACACCCAAGGAGCUAGAAUUACAGUCAGCCAUAUUAGGCCAGACUGCCUAAAGAUCUCUUAUGAAGGGGUUUGGGGAGCAGGGUCUAGCCUCAAACUCUUUAUGUAGCCGAAGAUGACGUUGAAUUCCCAGUCCUCUCCCUGAUGCUAGGAUUAUAGUCUGUGUCACCAAGCUAAAGAUAUGGUCUUAAGAUUUUCAGACAUAAUUACACCAGCAUGAACUUCUUUAAAAUUUAUAGCAUGAGCCGGGCGGUGGUGGCGCACGCCUUUAAUCCCAGCACUCGGGAGGCAGAGGCAGGCGGAUCUCUGUGAGUUCGAGACCAGCCUGGUCUACAGAGCUAGUUCCAGGACAGGCUCCAAAGCCACAGAGAAACCCUGUCUCAAAAAACCAAAAAAAAUAAAAAUAAAAAAAAAUAAAAUUUAUAGCAUGGCUUUUGUUGCUGUGCCUAUACUGUUUCAGCCAGCGAUGAGAUGAUUGACUCAAAAUGUCUCCAACUUUUAAAAAUCUUGUGAGGAAUUAUCUCACUUCCCCAGUAACAGACCUUUCAUAGAGAAGUUACAGUUGUGUUUGAGAAUCUUGUUGAAAUAAGGUCUUUGUUUACCCCAGGCUGGCCUCAAACUUGCAGUCCUUCUGCCUCAGCCUCUCUGAUGUUUGGGUUACAUGGGUGCACUAGUAUUUUCAAUGCCUGGGAGAACCUUAAUGUCCAGAGCCUGAGUUGCCACUUCUCCAGUCUGAGAAAUGGUCACGUCAGCACGGAAGCAUGCAGGAAUGAACAGAGACUCAGUUGUCCAGGUCUAAGUAGCUACUCUUUUCCUUCUAACAAGAUCAGCAUCUUCAGAUGGACUGUUGAGCUUGCUUUAGCCUCAAUGCUGGAUGUUCUGAGUAUGUUCUGUUUCUGUCAUUAGUGAGCCUUGGUUUUAGAAUACAUAGUUGCUCUUUCUCCUCUUGUGAUUACAUGUAAACUUCUGUUUAGCUUUCAAGUCCUAGAUUGCAGAAUUUUUUUGUCUUGAUGUUUACAGCAAUGCUUUGCUGUCACUGGCUUGGCGCUGAAGUGUUGAUGCCCAUAAAGUAGGCAGACUUUAUGUCACUGGGAUGAAUGUAAACCCUGCACAAACUUAAAGCUAUUCAUAUAUGACGAGCCUUCAAUAAGCUGCCCAGUCCUCCUGGCAAACUUAUCUGGCUGUAUUUGCUUCUUUCCAGUGUUCUUUCCUUUUGUUACAUUUCUAGUAAUGAAUAUAGAUUUAAUGCAUCUUUUAGUUUUCUUAGGCAAUCAUGAGAAUUAACUUUCGGUUCGCUGCUCAAGGAAGAGAAAAGCAGUUGCUGCCAAUAAUUUCACAGUGCGUUUUGGCUUUGCACUGUAUUCUGUGUUUACUAUUGAAUAUGAAUAUCAUGGUUAUCUUGAACUUAUGGUUGGAGUACAACAGUAACAGACCUAACUGGGGACACAGCCAGUACUUGCCUAAUGUAAGUUGUCCCUUUUCUCUGCCUUGUGGUUCACUGUUGCCGUCCCCGUAUUAGAAGCAAUGGGGGCCUGAGUGGGUCACGGUGAGAAACAGUGAGUUAAUCUGCAGAGAUUAUCUGCUCUGCUUCAUAUGUUAAGAGACCAGGUUAAUCUUAUACAGCACAACUUCUGCUGUGUGCUAGGCUCUGCCUCCUGGCUGGUAGAUAACCUAAGAUCUGGGGAAUAGCACCCAAGAAGUGCUAUUAUAUUUGGGGUUACAAAAGCAGACCUAGACAAGUUGUUCGCUUGAAAGAUUAUGAUCAUGUAAAAUUACAGUCAGUACUCAACCCUUCUAGCAAAAUAUUUUUUUGAAAAAUAAACUAAAUGCCUUUAUAAACAUGUGUUCUUGUGUUGAGUAACAUGUAUUGUUAGGUGGCCACUAUCUCGUAGUGUCUCCAGUGGUAAGGCUCUGAAGAACAGUGGUGUUGGAAGCCUCCCUACUCUGCUGAGCUGUGCAUAGCAGCAGGAGCUCUUCCUGGAUGGGUAUGCUCUAGUUUAUCUUAUACCACAGCUAAUGGCCAACGUGCGGCUACUGAGCACAGACAGUGUGCUUGGCGUCACUGAAAACUCAGGCUUCAAAUUUUUUUUUUUCUUUUUUGGUUUUUUU